AUGGAGAUCUCACGGAUGCCCUCGCCAUUGUUCACGGUGCUGGUGGUCGUGUGGGUGGCAUGCGGUACAGCGAUAGCGGCGUGGCUGCUGUGGGAUCGGCACAAGCAGUACGAGGAUCACAGGGAGGAGGCGCUAGGCUUGUGGUGCAAGGAGCGCGCCCUCACGCUGCAGCAGCUCGUGCUGGCCCACGCGGGGCAGAUACAGGUCAAGGCGGAUGUGGGACAGGCCAGGAAUUGCAUGGCGGCCUUUGAGCGGGAAUACGGCAGCAUCAGAGACAACACGCUGAUCGUCAGCGCCCGCCGCCCCAUCUACUGCGCCAAGGUCCUCGAGCUCACAACGCUGUGGGCCACCAACGGCCCCAGCAACAUCGACAUGUUUCAGCGAUUCUCCUGGGCCAUCCCAUUGGUGGAGGCAGGAAGGCACUUCUAUACCUGGCCCUACCCCCUCGCUAACCCGCUCACUCAUGCCGGAUUCGGUGUGGUCUUUCCUCUCUUUCGCAACCUCCCCACUAACCACUCGAAUCAGUCAGCAGCAGGGCGAGCAGUGUAUGGUUCACUGGCUGCUUCCGUUGACGUGACUUACAUUGCUCAGAAGGUCUUAGAAGAGCUGUAUGCGCCUGACCCAUCCAAGUCCUUUGAGCUAUACGACAUCACCGAUCCAACCACUCUCUCCGCCAUCGUCUCUCCAGUCCCUCCCCACGCCUACUUCCGCCCCGACGACAAGCUCCCCUACAUGCACCCCUCCCCAGAGACCGAAACUCGUCCCUGGGAGCAUCGAGCCGUGGUGCCUAUGGAGGAGAUGGGAGGGGGGGUGAGAAAGUACGAGGUCUGGUGCAGGCACACCCAGCCCCCCAGCGCGUGGCAGCAGUGGGGCAUCCCCAUCCUCAUCGCCCUCUUUGCCCUCCUCGUGCUGCUCGUGCUGGUAGCGGCCUGCCUGCAGCGCUCCAAGUUCUACCAGACCCAGCAGCAGGUGGCAGAGGCAGACCGGCUGAGACGGGAGGCGGAGGGAGCAGAGGCGUCAAAGAGCAUGUUCGUGGCGUGCAUGUCUCACGAGCUGCGGACGCCCAUGGUCGGGAUCAUUGGGAUGAUUGACGCUCUAGCAGACAUGGGCCUGAACGCCUCUCAGCUAGCAGACCUGCUAAUGGCCGGGGCAUCAGCCAAGGAUGCACUGCAUCUGGUCAACCGCGUGUUGGACCUGGCGAAGCUGGAGGCAGGCAAGGCGGUGGUAGAUGAGACGGUGAUUGAUGUGCGGGAGUGGCUUAGUACCACUCUGGGUUGGCACGCAGAGGCGGCACAUUCCAAAGGCAUUGAGCUGAGCGCCAUUGUGGGAGACGACUGCCCCACGCAUGUCAUUGUGGAACCCAUGCAUCUCAGCACCAUGAUCAAGGAGAUCACAGCGACAUGGUCGGGGAGAUCACAGGCCUUUCCUCACCCCGAGCACCCACUGCUACCGCUGCCCGUUGGACGCCCACCUGGCUUACUUCUAGACGGCGCUGCCUGCUCGAGGUGGCGAGGGGGGGGGCAGCAGCAACAGCAGCAGCAGCAACAGCAACAGCAGCAGCAGCAACAGCAGCAGCAACAACAGUUGCAGCAGCAGCAACAGCAGCAGCAACAACAGUUGCAGCAGACAGUGCAAGUCUAG